UUCAGAUAUACACUAGUUGUCCGCCUGCUGCACCGUUUCUACUCAACUGGAUCCCAUCAGCUGUCUGGAUUAUCCAUGUCAAGUGCUCUUCUUGAGUUGGGAUUGGAAUGAUGCUUCUUCCACUGAUUCUCAUAGGUGCUGUGGGUACAUACAAGCUCGAAAAACCGGUUCUGAUCGGUCCGUCCACUGCAAUUAAAGAUUCCUAUGAGACAUUUAUCUGUGGAAUUCCAGAGAUUCCGGUGGACGUGGCUGUCUUGUACACACUUUAUCAUGCCAACUUUGAGGACAACCUCGGGGACUACUCCGCUCUCGUAGGACAAGAGGCAGUUUUUUUAGUUAAAGUCACUAUCGCACAUGACGGUGCAUUCUCCUGUGAGGCCAGUGGACACAAUAACACAGAUAUCAAGAGUACAAUCAGCAACAAGCUGAACCUUAAAAUCAUCGAUCCGGUGGAGAACGUGUCAAUCACUUCUCACCCGUCCUCUGAUGAUUUGUGGGAGGGACAGAAUUUGCUGCUCCAGUGCAUCAUAACAAAAGGCACUUACGUCUCGUAUGAUUGGCUACGGAACGGAAUGAAGAUUCCAAUGCCGUACGACAGGACCGCAGACUCUCUGACCAUUCACAGACUGUCUGGGCAACAUACGGGCACCUAUACGUGUGUGGCAUCAAACCAGUACAAUAGCACAAUGAUCUUUAAUAUCAGCAGUGGCAUCAUACAUGUGCAUGUCAAAGAACAUUUGUCAAAGCCUGCAAUCUCACUUGAUAUUGUGAAGCUUGACUUAGGUGAAUUUAAAGCAAACAUCACGUGUCGAUCUGAGAAGGGAACUCCACCGAACACCUUCAGACUGGUAAACAACACUAAGAUCAUCGCCAGUGAAACUACCCACAGAACGAGCGCUACUUUCAGUGAGCCCAUUGAGCUGAACCAGAACAUGGGCUGGGUGAGAUGUAACGCCAGCAACGAGGGCAACUGGCAGCUGAGUGAACCCGUCAGCCUGACCGUCGUGUCUGUAGGUGGCGCUGUAACGAUGAUACCUUUCAAACACGUGGGACGGGACUUUCAGGUGUAUCGUCUGGAUGUGCGCUGCAGCGUUGAGCGAGGAACGUUUCCUCAUUACCGCUGGUUCCUCAACAAAACCAGACUGGAGGGCAGAGGAGGUUACUAUGCUGUGGACGGGACCGAUGGCUCCGUUCUGUCACUCACUGUGGAGUCACGCAGCGCUGGAUUCUACCACUGCGAAGCUUCUGAUCGAUUUGACAACAGCACCAGCGUCCUCAGUCCAAAGAUGCUGAUCAACAAGGAGGUACUGAACAAAGUCUCUCCUUUGGCCGUUGUUGUGGUUUUUACCAGUUUGUUCCUGCUGGUUAUUGCAGUGACAGUUUGCUGCACUUAUGGAUUUGUGCUACGAAGAAGAUAUUCAAGGAAAUACCCGUGA